GCCCCGGCGGCGCGCGCGCGCAAAGAUGGCGACGCCCUAUGUGACGGACGAGACCGGCCGCUACAUCCCGUCCACGCAGCGGCCGGACGGCACCUGGCGGAAGCAGCGCCGGGUCAAGGAGGGCUACGUGCCCCAGGAGGAGGUGCCCGUCUACGAGAACAAAUACGUGAAAUUCUUCCGGAGCAAACCCGAACUUCCCCCAGGGUUAAACCCCGAGCCCAGCCCGUCCCCCUCGAGCCGAGGGACCCCGGGGCGGCCCGAGGGCAGCGACCCCUCCCCAGCUUUAUCCAAAACCGCCCGGAGGAACCUGAAACGCAAAGAGAAAAGGAAACAACAGCAGGAAAAAGAUCGGGAGAGCGACGGGGGGGACGGACUGAGCGCGGCGCUGGAAAAAAUCUCCUUGGGCAAAGGAGGAGGAGGAGGAGACAACGGAGGAGGAGGGACAGGGGGAGAAAAGGGAGGGGAAAAAAGCCUGGAAAACGCGGAUUGCAGCGGCAGCACCGAGAGGAGCCGGCGCAUCAAGAGCCUGAGGAAGAAGCUGCGGCAGGUGGAGGAGCUGCAGCAGCGCCUGGAGCGCGGGGGGAUCCCCCAGCCCACCAAGGAGCAGCUGGAGAAGCUGGGCAGGAGGAAAGCGCUGGAGGAGGAACUCAGGGGCUUGGAGCUGGACUCGUAAUCGGGGGGGGAGGGUGAUUUUUUUGGGGGGAUUUUUUUGGGUUUUUUUAAACUUUUUUUUUUUCAUUUAUUUUCUGAUUUUUUCCGAUUUUUUUUUUCCUUUAUUUUUCUGAUUUAUCCCAUUUUUCCCCAUUUUUUUCUGAUUUUUCCCCAUUUUUUUCCCCAUUUUUCCCUUUUUUUUUCCUUUUUUUUUUCCAUUUUGUUUCCUUUUUUCCCCAAUUUUUUCCAAUUUUUUCCAAUUUUUUUCCCAUUUUUCCCGAUUUUUUUUCAUUUUUUUUCCCCAUUUAUUUCUUUAAUUUUGUUGUUAUUUUAUUUGUGGUUUUUAUUUUAUUAAUUUCUUGGUUUAUUUUCUUUUAUUUUGUUGAUUUAUUGGUUUAUUUUCUUUUAUUUGGUUGAUUUACUGGUUUAUUUUACUUUAUCCAUUCUUUGGUAUCUUCUUCUUUUCUUUAUUUUUUUACUUGAUUUCUGUGUUAUUUAAUUUUAAUUUAAAUUUUUUUUUGUUAUUUUAAUUUCUUUUUUUGCUUCUUUCAUUUUAAUUUCUUUUCUGUUUAUUUUAUUUUAUUGGCUUUUUGGUUAUUUUAUUUUUUAUUUUAAUGAUCUUUGAGUUAUUUUAAUUUCUUUCUGUUUCUCCUUUAUUGUAUUGAUUUUUUAUGUUGUUUUUUUUCUCUUAUUCUUUCAUUUUACUUUACUGAUUUCUUUUUGGGAUUUUUAUUGGGGUUUUCUUGAUUUUGUUUUUUUUGUUUUGAGGGGUUUUAUUUUCAAUUUUUAAUUUUUUUUUUUCCUUUUCUCCACUUUUUUUUUUUUUCUUUUUUUGGGUUCAGGUCGCUCCCGGUUUUUAAUGGGAUUUAAAAAAAGGGGGCAAUGAAAAAAAAAACAAACAAAAAAACAAACAAACAAAAAAAAAAACACCAAAAAAACAAAAAGGGGCCGUGCCCCCCAACCCCCCGUGUCCCCCUCCCCCCUCUGUGUUGCAGCCCCCCCACCCCAAUUUUUCCCUUUUUUGUCUUUUUUUUUUUUUUUUUCCCUUUUAUUUUUAAAAACGGUGCAGGAAUAAAAGAGCAGUGACCC